GGGGGCGCGCGCGCGGGCACGGGCUCGCUCCCCGGGGGGCAGUUGGCGGCUGGAUCGGGCGCUCGGGUCUUGGUUCGUACGUAGAGCAGCCCCGGCUGCUAGGCCGACGCCUCCGUUGGCGGAGACCCACACGAAGGACCGCGUGGCUCAGCCGCGGGACAGAGGCUUGAGAGGAAGAGGAAGAAGGGGAAGAGCGACCCAUCUCCCAGGAGGCUGAAGGUGGCCUGAGGGCCAGACUCUGAGACCAGGAUGCCCCUGCCUGAGCCCAAUGAGCAAGAGAGUGAGCGUGUAAAAGCUGGCCAGGAGCCCCAGGAGCCCUCCAAUGUGGCCCCGGCUAGGGACAAAGGGGGGUCCAAACCAACAGGUGCCGUGUCCCUGGAGAUGUCAGGUCCUGCCACCCAGUCCACCAACACCCCCCAGGCUGUGCCGGCUAAGAAGCAGGGGCGGAUAAUUCACCGGAAACGCAGCAGGGUAGAUGCAGCUGCCCCUCAGCCCCUGGAGUUCCUGAAGACCCCAUAUGGGGGCCGCCUUCUAGUGCACAAGUCAUUCCUGUACAAGCAAGAGAAGGCUGUGGGGGACAAGGUGUACUGGAAGUGCCGCCAGCACUCAGAGCUGAGCUGCCGGGGACGGGCCAUCACCCGUGGCUUUCGGGUCACUGUGAUGCGGGACCAUUGUCAUCCACCUGAUGAGGAGGGCCUGGAGGUCCGGCGCCAGAAGGAGAAGCUGCCUAGCUCAGACCUGCCUGAAGGCUCUGAAGGCCAAGAAGAUGGGGUGAGCCUAUGGCUGUACCCUGUGGAACCAGAGCCCACCCCUCAGCAAAGCAUUGAAGCCCCAGAGGAGGAGCAGGGGUACCGAUCCCUGGCACUGCAGAGCUUGCCUCCCAAGAAACGCCCCACACCAGGAGUGGUACGGUAUCGGCCCCUUGAGUUCCUGAAGACAUGUUAUGGGGGCACUUUCCUGGUUCAUCAGUCGUUCCUCUACAAGCGGGAGAAGACCGUAGGGAGCAAGGUGUACUGGACCUGCCGGGAGCAUGCGGUGCAUGGCUGCCGUAGCCGUGCCAUCACCCAGGGCCAGCGAGUGACAGUGAUGCGCAGCCACUGCCACUCACCUGACAUAGAAGGCCUUCAGGCCCGGCGACAGCAGGAAAAGACCAUAAAGAAGAUACAGGCAAGGCGAAUUGGUGCUGGGGACUUGGAGGAUUGCGAUGACAUCGAGGACACACUGCUCCAAGGGGUGGACAGCCUGUUCUACCGCAGGGGGCAGGGCAGACUGACUCUGAGCCGGUCCAGGUCCAGAAAACGAGCAAGGAAGAAUAAGGAAUCCUUUCAGGAACCCCCCGAGCAGGAGGACCAGGACGUGGACCCAAGAGGCCCAGAGUUCCUGAGGACUCCUCUAGGGGGCAACUUCCUGGUGUAUGAGUCCUUCCUCUAUAGGCGGGAGAAAGUAGCUGGUGAGAAGGUGUACUGGACUUGCCGGGAUCAAGCACGAAUGGGCUGCCGCAGCCGAGCCAUCACUAAGGGCCGGCAGGUGACUGUGAUGCGAAACCACUGUCAUCCACCUGACCUGUUAGGAUUGGAGACUCUGAGGCAGCGGGAGAAACGCCCCGGCCCCACUCAGUGGGAUGGCCCAGAGGGGCCAGAGUUCCUGAAGACCCCUCUUGGGGGCAGCUUCCUGGUGUAUGAGUCCUUCCUCUAUAGGCGGGAGAAAGCAACUGGAGAUAAAGUGUACUGGACUUGCCGAGACCAGGCGCGCAUGGGCUGUCGUAGCCGUGCCAUCACCCAGGGCCAGCGGGUGAUGGUCAUGCGCAGGCACUGCCAUCCACCUGACAUGGGUGGCCUGGAAGCUCUGCGGCAACGAGAGAACUUCCCUAACCUGACCAACUGGGAAGGCCCAGAGCCUCUGCAGCCACUGGAGUUCCUGCGGACCCCCCUUGGCGGCCGAUUCCUGGUGUAUGAGUCCUUCCUGUACAGGAAGGAGAAGGCUGCUGGUGAGAAGGUGUACUGGAUGUGUCGGGACCAGGCUCGUCUGGGCUGUCGCAGCCGUGCCAUCACCCAGGGCCGCCGGGUCAUGGUGAUGCGGAGCCACUGCCACCCACCUGACCUGGAUGGCCUGGAGGCCCUGCGGCAGCGAGAACAGGAGCAGCGAGAGCGGGAGCAAGAACAAGAAAGAGAACGAGAGCAGGAACUAGAGAGAGAGCGAGAGCAAGAGCGAGAGCGGGAACGGGAACGGGAGCAGGAGCGGCGCGCCAAUGCAGCCAAGAAGAAAAAGAAGAAGAGGAGGAAGAAGAAAAGAACAUCGAAGAAGAGCAAAAACUGAAGCAUUGGUCCCUGUGAGGUGAGUCUUCUCUGAAACAACAGAGGAGCAACCGACAUCCCAGAUGCAGGCGUUUCCCAUCACUCAGAUUUGCUUGACAACUCCCUUCACUCUUCCAAACCAUCGACGACCUUCACAUUUCCUCAGAGGUCUCCCAGGAGGAGUGCUUUGACCUUGGGUGGUAUCUUGUGUUGACAGAAAAAUAGUGCCAAGAGCUGAUGGGUGGCCUGCAGACCGUGCCAUGCUGCUGUCACCUUUAUGACCUAGACAGCUGUGAAGAAGUGUGUCUGGACUGAUAUACCUCGACCCCACUCUGCUGUCCAGGCCUCAGCACCAUCUGCUUCCAAAGCAUGCAGCCUUGCAGAGAGCUUUCCAGUGGGGUGUAACCCUUCAUAAGCUCCAUAAAGUCCAGCAAAAUGAAUGUGUCCUUAGCCAGGAUAUAUAUGGUAGCUUCUUGCCACCUUCUGAAGACAGUGCAAGUCACAGCGGGUUUUUUUGCAUCUUUUAGGGACAGGUUCUGGGGCCUUCUUGGUCUUCAGUCACUUGCUGCUUACUAGGACACAGCCAGCCCCAACCAUGACAGAGCAGGCCAGGCUCAAGGCUUCGCUAUGCCUUCUGUCAGGUUUUGCAUCUUGCAUUCUGUCCCAAUUGAAAGUAAACCUGUGUCCACAGCAGCAGAAGUUCCUAGCAGUGGGAGCCAGCGUAGAUGUCAGGAGGUGGUGACACCAGAUAGCCAUGCUCUAGUGGCAGCUGCACCCCUGAGAAUUGCCCACAUGGUGUUGCCUGAUGCACAAGGAGAGUUAGAUGGCAUCAAAGCCUGCCUCCUAUAGAAGAGUUUAGCAGAACUUAGAGAGACACGCUAGAAGUGGCACUGUAACAUCCCUAGGAACUGCAGAGCUUUCUGCAUGCUACACCCUAGACAGAGCUGUCCCUCUCCCGUCAUAGAGCUGCAUGCUCCUCUCCUUUAGCAAGCAAGCCAUGAAGCAGCCACCCUGGGGGAUAGUGAUGGCCUGGUGCCCACCACUGGCUUCUGCUCAUCUGCUUCCUUCAAUAAACCCUAUUUAGUCUCA